AUGUCCGAUCCCAGCGACCGAUCUUCGGAGUCCAUGCCCGGCCCCGAACCCUCUGGUCUGAAGCCCUUGUCCAACAUCGAGGAUAUGGCCCUGCCGAACCCCAGCAAUAGCGACCUGUCUCGCUUCAUGAGCCGCGCCGGUAUUUCUCUGUCCAAUGGCUUCCCCCUGGAGGACGACGACGAGAUCGAUGAGGAAGUGGAUGAGGACUACGUCGCUGUCGACCAGGAUGAUGCCAAUGACUACCCUGUUUGGUUCCGCCGUCCCCCAAGCCAUCACCGCACCAAGCUUGAUGAAUUGCACCCCUUCGUUCAGCUACUCUCCGCGUCUAAUGUCGAAGACUGCGUCGCCGUUGAGCAGGCGUUCCCCGAGAACGAGCGCUGCUCGCGUGACAAAGUAAGUACUCGCCUGAUGUCACUCUCUUCCCCGACAGUUCGGUUGAAUCAUUGGUUCAUUUAUCGUCUAAGCCGUUGUCCCGAACUUAGCUUGGGAAUGUUCACUCUCCCCAUCAUCAAGGCCGGUGACCCCAAGCCGCCGGCGACACUGAUCGGCCACAUCAUUGCCACCCGUACCUCGGCGCCCUGCGUCACCGACCGCUCCAUGAAACUUCCUUCCAAGUGGGAAGGCGAGCGUUGGACCUUUGAGGAUGGAGAGGCUGUUGGUCACGAGGAGGGUGGCGGUACCAUCGCUAUUCACUCUUUGGCCGUACUGGAAGAACACCAGGGCAAGCAAGUCGGCAGCACCCUGAUGAAGUCGUAUAUCCACCGUAUUCGGGAAGCUCAGAUUGCCGACCGGAUCGCGAUCAUCGCCCAUGACCAUCUGGUAGAUUUCUAUAAAUCAUUUGGCUUUGAGGACCAUGGUGAGAGCAAGUGCCAAUUUGGCGGCGGUGGUUGGAGAGAUCUGAUCUUGGAGCUUCCUCAAGAGCCGCUGCAGAACUAA